AUGUCAAAAGCUCAUAUGGUGCAAGGGCAUAAAGAGAUGAGAGAGAAGAAGUACUCGGAAGCUUUAUCAUCUUUCAAUCGAGCGUACAGUUUGGGCGACCGAAGUCUUGCAGUAUUCGAUUGUAAAGCCGCAGCUAUGAGUCGUAUACCUGGUUGGGAAGGGAGUGCCUAUCAAAUCACUUUGGACAUGUGUGCCAAGUAUGAGCGUGAUUUCAGACCUUGGUAUCGUAAAGCCGACGUUUUACGAAUACUUCACAGUUACCGCGCAGCCAUGGAAAGUGCCCGACAGGCUCUCUCUCGAAUUAACUCCAGUUCAGAACACAAACGUCAUAUUGUGGAAACACUAGUGACUCGUAUUCAAUCUGAAGGGCGUCAAGCUCGUGCCAAACAUUUCUCAAAGAUGAAAGAUGAUGUAGCUGCUGAAGCAGCCAUGAAAGCUGCUCGUCGAGCUAGAGAGAGAAAUAAGACAGAUUACACAGGUCUUUUAUCACCGGAUGUUCUCAUUUUGAUCGCUCAAUUUGGUUUGGAGGCGGAUUCUAAUUUCGCUUCAAGGAUGGAACGUACUUGUCGAAGAUGGAGGGAUGUGAUACGACACACACCUGCGUUAUGGAGAAAGUUGGUAUUUGGAUCAGGGAAAGCUACUUGUAAAGAGGUGCGACCGGCUUCCAAGGCCAAUUUAUGGCUGCAGAGAUCCGGAGGGAGUAUCCACACGUUGGUAGUUCGCGAUCACUUCGAUUGCGACAAGGUCAAAUUCGAUACGCUUCUCGUGGAAUUGAAUCUUGAAGCAGUGAGGACCAUCGACGCUUCAGGUCUAUCGCCGAGAUAUCUGAAGAAAAUCAUCCCAUCUUGUCCCAACCUUAAAAUGUUCCGUACGACGUCCUAUUGUACCCAACACCAAAUUUCAUCAUACUCCGAUGUCACAACAUUAUUCUCGUCCAUGGUGGAUUGGGAGGAAACACUUCCCUGCUCACUUGAGCAUGUGUCAUUGACUGGUGUCGCGGUGACAAUUUCCACACGAUCAGUCAACCAGAAAACAAACCAAUCUUCGAGCCCCAUUUACUGCAUGGAAAAGCUCAAGACUGUACGCAUGGUGGGUUGUCUGGUGACUGCAGGCCCAAGACUUCGGGACUUCUUCCAACUCGUCCCAAACGCCGAAAUCGUAGUUCUAGACGGAACACAUUUCCAGUAUGAAGCAAAAGGGCCUGAAGAUACUGUUCUGCAUCUUCCUCACCUUCGAUCGUAUUCCCAAACGCACCUCAAUGAUGGGUUGGUGUUCGACACCAUCGUAGUCCCAAAUCUCAAACGUCUGGAGCUGAAUGCUCAUGGGCCAUUAAAUCCGGACGCUAGGAUUAUCGAUCAGCUUCUCGCUCCAGGUCUAGCGGACGCUUUGUCCAAUCUCGAAGUGCUCGAUAUCGGUAAAGCUGCUAUCGACCAGGAGCAUCUUAUCGAAGUCUUACGCCAAAUGACAUCGUUGAGAUUUCUCAAUGUUUCAUUUUGUGGAUUGGACGACGGAUUUUUAAGCGCUCUGACCCGAAAGACAGACGAACAGAGUCGUAACAUGUUACCCAACCUUGAAGCGCUGUCAAUUGCGUGUAGUGACAUCACCACGGGUGCUCUGAAGGAUUUUGUUGUCAGUCGGACUCGAUCAUCACAUGCUUUUUCUUUCGCCGCCACCUCGUCAUCAAACUCUUCAACCACCGUCAAAGGUUCUGCCUUCCGACCUUCAGCUCCUAAGAAACCCUCCGUCAUUUCUUCUUCGACGACCCAUACAACGACGCCAAUCACUCCGCCCAGCUCCCAGCUCCCAUCUCACUCAUCACAAUCAUCGACACUCGCGGCUACGCAGAAUACGACGCUGGCCCAUCUCCGCUGGUUAUGCGCGGAUCAUUGCGAGGACGUAGACUCAUCAAUGAUAAUGUAUCUUCGGACACGGUUGACAUACUUAUCACAUUGGCUCGGUACUUUUUCGAUAGAUCGUGUGAGAGGGAAGAACAGAUACGCAUGGGAUGGCGGAUGGACCAAUGAAUGCGGGACGGGUGAGGAGAAUCGGUGCGGCCUUCGAAAAAGAAUCGGGACGGAGGAUGAGUGGUACGUGUAUCAUGUGUGUGAGAGACGAGAGGUAUCACAGGAAGCUCCAAGUUGGUCUCAAUUACCCAAGGAUCAUAAAAUAUGAACCCGAUUACGCU